AUGAUUGCAAGAGCAAGGACACAUAGAGUCGUUAACCGCUUAAACCAGGAACCAAACUUAUUCAAAAUAUAUGGCGACAUAAUUAAAGAGCAGGAAAAACGUGGUUUCAUCGAAAAGAUAGAAGAGAAUGAGGACGAGCCACAGCGCAUACACUAUAUACCACAUCACCCCGUCAAGAAAGAUUCUACAACUACUCCGAUUAGAAUUGUGUAUGAUUGCAGUUGUAAAGAAAACGCACAAAGUCCGAGUUUGAAUGACUGUCUUCAUUCAUAUCCACCAAUUUCAAAUGACAUAACAGAGCUACUUACCAGAUUUCGUACUCAGAAGUUUGCAGUGACAACAGACAUCGAAAAAGCAUUUCUGCAAGUUGGACUUCAUAAAUCUGACCGUGAUGUAACUCGCUUCUUUUGGUUAAGUGACCCAACAGAUCCAACCAGUCCGUUUACAACAUAUCGUUUCAAGUCAGUCUUAUUCGGAGCUACAUGCUCACCAUUUAUACUGAAUGCAACUUUAUUAAAACACUUUGAAGAGAAUCCUAGUCCAACAGCUUCAAGAAUUACACAAGAUUUAUAUGUAGAUAAUGUUUUAACUAGUUUUACAGCCGAAGACGACCUUAUGCAAUUUUACCGAGAUUCUAGGUGUUUAUUACAGAAAGGAGGCUUUAACCUCAGAUCAUGGAAUUCUAAUUCUAAUAGACUACGAGAACUUGCUGACACAGAAAACGUACUAGAUUCCAGUAAAGAGGUCAACAUACUUGGAAUGCGCUGGAAUGUUGCGGACGACAAACUUUUAUUUCCCGAAGUAGACAUAUAUUCAAGCAUGGUAGAUGUAACAAAAAGAGAAAUAUUACGACAGUCGUCUAAAAUCUUUGAUCCGCUUGGCCUACUUAGUCCCGUGACAGUGAAAGCUAAGAUACUAAUGCAGUCACUAUGGAAACGUAAUUUUGGAUGGGACGAACGCUUACCUGAAGAUGUAACUACACAAUGGACUACUUUAUCUACAGAUCUUAAAGAUACAGCAUCAGUUCAACUUUCCAGACUACUAAACAACGAUGGAUUAUCGCCGCAAACAGCUAGAUUACACAUGUUUACCGAUGCUAGCAAACAAGCUUAUGGAGCAUGCGCCUACAUUGUACAAGAAAAACAUUCGCAAUUAGUUAUGGCUAAAAACAGAGUUGCACCGCUAAAAGUAAUUACUUUGCCGCGAUUGGAGUUGAUGGGCGCCGUAGUUGGAGCAAAACUAGCUAAACAUGUGUCAAAUAUCUUAGGAAUUACAGAAAUUACAUUUUGGUGUGAUAGCCAAAUCGCUCUGAGUUGGUUGUAUUCGUCGAAAAUACAAAAACCAUUUAUAGCUAAUAGAAUUACAGAAAUCCGACAACUUGUAGAAAAUAAAACUUGGAGGUAUUGUCCAACUGACUGUAACCCCACCGACUAUCUUACGCGCGGCAUGUCUUCAUCUAAGUUUUUGAAUAAUAAUACUUGGUUCAACGGACCGAAAUGGCUUUCACAUGAAGAACAAUGGCCGCAUUGGGAUCGAAAUUCCGUUGUUAUGACAACAAUAACAGACAAUGAAAGUAAAGACAAAGACCGGCAAAUUCAACAAAAUGAUGACAGAUUCACAGUUGUAAAAGAAGUCAUCAAUAUAGAGAAGUACAGCAGUUAUCCGAAACUGCUUCGUAUAAUUUCUUACGUAUUGCGCUUUAUAACGAAUUGUAGAACACUUUCACAAAAUAGGAAAUACCAACAUUUAGAGGUAGACGAAAUUCAAAAUGCUUCACUUGUGUUAAUACGGAAUAUACAGCAAACUAUUUUCAUGAAUAUUAUUUCAAAGGAUACUAAUCGACUACCUAUUGUACGACAGUUACGAUUAUAUAUCGACGGAAAAGGACUGCUACGUUCCGGCGGAAGAAUUGACAAUGCACUCGUUAGCGAAACAGUGAAAUACCCUUAUUUACUUCCGACAAAACACCCAUUGACAACAUUAAUUAUUUUGGACGCACACAAACUACAAAAUCACAGUGGAAUAAAUGAGACAAUUACGUUAAUCCAACAGACAUAUUGGAUACAAAAAAUCCGACAAAGAGUGAAAACCGCAUUACGCAAUUGUAUUCCCUGUAGGAAGAUAAUUAGUCGACCGUAUGUGGCGCCUGACCCACCACCGCUACCAAAGGAUCGUCUUGGAGAAGACCCGCCAUUCAGCGUCACGGGAGUUGAUUUCACAGGAGCGUUACAUGAACGCCAAAAUGGUAACAAGGAAACAAAAGCGUAUAUAUGUCUAUUUACGUGUGCUUCAACCAGAGCUGUUCACAUUGAGUUAGUUCAGGAUUUAACGACACAUUCAUUUUUAUUAGCUUUUCGCAGAUUUGUUAGCCGUCGGUCUUUACCGAAAAUAAUGAUAUCUGACAAUGCUUCUACGUAUAAAUCUGCAGCGACAGAGAUUUCUAAACUAUUCAAAUCAGAAACAGUGCACGGUAAACUUAGUGAGUUAGGAACAGUGUGGAAGUUUAUACCCAGCAGGGCUCCUUGGUACGGAGGAUGGUGGGAGCGACUUAUUGGACUUACAAAAACCUCCCUCAAGAAAACAUUAGGACGUGCCUGUAUCGACUUAGAUAUGCUACACACCGUUGUUACAGAAAUCGAGUGCACACUGAAUGACCGACCGUUAACAUACAUCUCUACUGAUGAAAAGGACCCAGAACCACUAACGCCGUCUCAUCUUAUGUAUGGCAGAAGAUUAAAGACACUUCCGUAUCCUUCAAAUGACAACAGCGAAUUCAAAGACACUAGAAAAACACUUACUUGCGCUCGUGCGCUAAAACGUAACAAACAACAGCAAGAAUUACUACAACACUUUCGGACGGGAUGGAAGAAGGAGUACCUUACAUCACUACGGGAAUUCCACAGAGCCAGUGGAAAUAAUUUACAGAGGAUAACGACCGGGGACAUAGUACAGAUUCGUGAUGACUCGCCUAGAACAGUAUGGAACAUUGGUAUCAUCGAGGACCUUGUGCGUGGUGGAGAUGGUUUGGUGAGAUCAGCUAUAGUGCGUACAAAAUUUGGACUUACGAAUAGACCAAUCGUCAAACUCUACCCACUAGAGAUAAAUUCAAAUGACAAUGAUGAAUCGCAAAUACUUAGAAGGAGCUAG